UGGUGUGAAGAGAUGUGUAUGCAGUGAAGCGAGUGAUAUCAACAAGGGACAAAUCUUUCGGAAAUUGCGGGGCUCAAUCAUCUAAAUUGUCCUCUUGUUGCUAAGAAUUGAAGAUCAAGAUGUCAGGAAUGGAUGCAGCACGCCAAUCAAGCAAUACCCGCGAAAUCCCGACCAGGAGAGUGCUCCUGACCGAUGAUAAUCUGCCAUCGGAUUACAGCACCACUCCUGGGGGAACUAUGUUUUCCACUACCCCGGGAGGAACUCGCAUUGUCUACCACAGAAACGUUUUAAUGAAAUGUCGAAAGUCCCCGCUAGCCCAGACACCACCCAAGUUACCAAUUAUCCCGGGGGUGACUGCACCAGGACAGGUAGAGAUUGAUGAAGACUGUGGUAAUGAAAAUGAGGCCCCUGUUGUCCGACAGAAUGGAGCACCUGUCAAAUCUGAUUCAGCCGAGCAUACUGAGGAACAGUUCGAGAUGGAUAUUUGAGGUCACUACCCUUAAUGCCUUUCAAACAGUUUCCAAAUGGAUCUAGACUUUGUGUUACAUGUGUAGACCUCGUCAUUUUAACACAAACUUUACGUGGUAUUGAUGUGAUGUGGCCUGGAAUCAAAGGAAACUGUUUUUCAUUACUGUAUUGAACACCAAAAUAGAUAGAGAUAAUUUUAAACUGAAAAAAAGGAUGUGUCCCGAAAUAUUUCCUAGAUUAGUGACUUCGAAGCAUUCUAAGUGUGUGAGGCGAGACAGCAUUAAAGAUGCUAAUGUUGUGAGAUCUGGCUUCCUUUGUAUGUUUGUCCAAUACUUCACAUCAGACGUGUACAUGUAUGUAGCCUUUCCAUUCAUCUCUCUUAUAAUAUGACUUGAUGGGUGAACACUUUCAGAUUGUGGAGACAAAUACUUUAAAACUCAAUACACUGUCAAAGUUUCUUUGUGUUUUGUGGGUUGGUGUAACUAACAAGUAAUUAGUUUUUGCUAUGGUCUUUGAUAUAGUUGAGGUCGUUUCUAUUUUGUAUGGUGUGGAAUUGCUCGCAGAUUAUGGGAUAAAGUAUCAAGGUCGGGUGCUGUACCAAUGUACUAGGUACAUAUCAGAUGUUCCUGGAGACUGUUAAAAUUGUGCUGUUUGCAGGCUUCAUAUUGAACUUAUCAUUACUUUAUGUUCAUGUUCAAGAAAAAAGAUCACUGUUUCUUUCCUGACAUGAUCUCAAAAUUUCACAACCUGAAAGUUUCACCCAACUGUCAUAUUGGCUGAAUUGUAGGAAGUAACAUUGGUAAUCUUGAGGUAAGGAGAUACCGGACACUACUCAUGAAAACACUAGAAUGUACCACCUAAAUCCAGUUUCCAAUUCACUGACACUGACAGAUUUGGUAUGUUAGGCUCAAUGACCGGGCAUGAGGAAUAAGUAAUUAGAUUUCGUGGGCUUUUAUAAAGCCCUCACAGGAGUCUCAUAUCUAAAGAUUCAGGGGUGAUCCACAUAAUAAGUAAAGGGAAGAACUUGGUAAGUCGCCAUCUUCUUCCAAGGUUUAUCUGCUGUUUGUAAGAAUAACAUUCCUCAGUCUUGUGUACGGAUGAUUCUGGGUCUAUGCAAAGCCACUUCUAUAUUUCUGGUAAAACUGAAUGCUCAGGACUCGGAAGAUUGCAUGACCUGAAACCCAGUUUAUUCUUCUUAAGAAAAAUAACCAAAAACUGCAUAUUACCCUGAUCAUGAAUAAGUGCUAAGUUUGAGGAUUAUGUGUAUGCAGUGUUUGUACCAGUUCUGUUUCAAGUCUUUAAUGUUUGCUUGAUGCCUAAACAUAAAGUUUUAUUUGUUGGGGAAGACUUGAAUUGGCCAUAACGGUUCGGGUUCUGCACAGAUCCUGAAGGCUGGGAUGCCUUGGAAAGUCUACUAUUUUAGUGAAUUGUGAUAAUGACAUUUGCAUUUUGUGUUGAUUUCUAGUUCAGAAGCUGAUAAAACCUUUUCUAAGUGUGUUUACCUAAUGCACUUGAAAGCUUUACAUGUUUCCAAAUCAUAACAAGCUGGCAUCAUGGCAGAUUUACCAGUUGAUUGUGGGAAGAUAACAUGUCAUUUUGAGAAACCCAAUGACAUCUUAUUGGAAUAUCAAGUUGCAUAGUUGCAAAUGCCGUCAUCCAGUUAAUCAGUAUUCUUUGUGUUGCUGGCAUUUUAAACCUGCAGAUAUGCUGAAACAUACAUGUAGUAAUGCAGCGGUCAAUAUGAACUCAGGACCCCCCUAAUCUGGUGGACGCAAAUUCAACUUUUAAUUGAUGGCAGGUCCCGAGGUACUAAAUAUUCUUCCUCUGUCAAUUUCCUGGCAACCUUGCAGAAAACAUGUGUCGGGGUUUGUCAAUUUCCUGGCAACCUCGCAGAAAACAUGUGUCGGGGUUCUGGCGAGCGUCGAAUAUGUGUGGCUUGUCUAACCAGGGGAAGUACAUCGUACCAGCAGUGUGUGACCGGUCAUACACUGCUGAUUGUACAUAGUUCAUGUUGACUGCUGCAUGAGCAUUUUGUGAUGAUGGAAUAAUGUGACAUUAUUAUAGGCCCAUAAGGAACAUGUGAAUUGAAGGGAAAUAGAGUAUUUUACAGUUUAUUGCUAGACCCUGAUAAUACACCAUUUGUACUUUUGUAAUAUUGUGCUUUAUUGCAUCACAGGUGUUGGGACUUGCCGUGGUUUGCGGUGUUACUAUCUCGUCAGAUUUUGCAAUUAUUUCAAAGCUUUUUCUCUUUGAUUUAAUUCUGAGAGUUCAUUUUAUGAGACAAUGAGUUGGUGUCUUUCAUGAAGAUUUGAUAAAAAACAAGACUCCGAGCAAUUCGUUUCAUAACUUUAACGAGAGGUAUUUCUGUGGCAAAGGAAUGAUACUCCUUCCUUAAGUCGGUUCGGUAAAUGUGUGCAGCCUUGCCAUUGAUGAUGUGAUGACGCAUGUUAUAGCUUUUACAAGAAGGAGUGAUCACUCAGCUGACAAUGCAAAUGAGUUGGGAUGAAAGUAAAUCCUCUCUUGGGAUAAAAAUGAAAUCUACUGCAAAAUGUUGAGGUACGGGUAUGGUGUUAAAGUGUGAGGUUAAGGAACUUUUUAUUUCCAUGCUUGUUGAAGUCAUUUCUCCAAACUAACCUUCCAAUUAGAGGUUGAUUUUCUGGAAACCCGGUGUGAUGCCUUGUGUUUUGAUCUGUGCCUGCCAUUGUUCUGCAACAAGCAUCUUGAUAAUGUCACGAAUAAAACCCCAAUUAUCGUGUGUGAUAUCACAACGUCUUUGUUCUGGAAGAGGAUCGUACAUUUUGUAUGUACCAUGUUUUUUAAUCACUUUUGCCAUCUUCCAAAAGGAGAAACAUAUUCUACUAAGUACUGCAACUGUCACAUAUUGUUUUGUUGGUAAUGUUUUCAACAGUGCUGCUGUUGGUCGUUAGAAGAUUAUCAAAAGUUCCAUAAAAGCAAGAAUUACUAUAGCGUCUUGUUUGUUUUCUUGAUGAUAUUGAUAGGUUAAAAUCAUAGCAACUCGUCUUGAUACGUAUACUCAACUAUAUACCCAUCAUUAACUUCAUAUUUCAUUAUCGUGUUACUAUUCUUUAACUGUUGACAUCAGGCACAAAUGUUAAAAACUCUAUAGAUUUGCUGACAUGAUAAGAUAGGUCAACAAUGUCAAUGCUCAUCAGAAGACAACUUUGUUGAUCAAUAUCAAGUAUCAUAAAAUGAAAGCGAAACUACUUGAAACCCAAAUUUCGUUAAAAAUAAGUCACUGGGUAUUACCAAAUGAAAAGUACGUGGGCAAUUGGCUUGAAAUGUGGUCUCGACAGAGUACAUUUAAGAGAAAAUAGUUAAAUGUAGGAUAUAUCCUACAAAUAAAGCCUGUACACUUUCCCAUCAGUCAUGCGGUUUAAAGGUUUAUCAAACAUUAUGUACUUAAUCAUGGCAGAGCAGACUUUUUCACUACACUUUUUUGCUUGGAUUACCGCCACUCUCUUGUGCUAGUGUUAAGAAGCCUUGCAGAUCUGCCGGGUCUAUAUUGAUAUAUAUACAUUGCAACAGCUGGCAUUUUUAAUGUCCUCAAGGGCAAUGAUUGGGGAUGCAUCUAUGAAUAGAAUUUUGAAGUGGAGUAAUGAAGUGGUGUAUGAUGUCAGCUGCUCAGUUAGACGGGGAAACAAGUACAUCCUGGAUUAUAGUGCAAAAUCUGAAAUCCAGUCAAGGUCGUCAUGAAAUUUUGAUUGGCAUUGAUGAUGAUUGAUGGUUUACAUGUAUAUUGGAUGUCACCUAAAAACUCUCUCUGACAACAACACCUUGCAAUUUAACACUAUUCUUUCGAUUGAACUCUGCUUCAGUUAGCAUAAUUUCGCAGUAAAAUGGCUGGGCUCCCCCAGGUAUGGGUUAUGAAAAGAUUGCUCUGAUGAAAGUGACAAAUCAAUGAAAUAGACCAUCCAGAAUGUUGCAAAGGAUUUCAGAUGGUCUGUUGUUGCAUUCAUAAUACAUACCUGUCAUCAGGAGAAAGAGGAUAUCAGUCUAUUGCAUUUAAGAACCUGCAGAAUGGUCUAUUUUCACUUCAUGUGCUCAUCUUUAGUUUCAUCAUAAUAUAUGUGUGUGUCACCAACACCAUCCAAUAUUGGCAUGAUCAAUUAAGGUGAUUGUAAGCCUGCAAGGCAAGGCACCUUAAGCAAGUCACACUCUUAUAUGAACAAAAUGUUGGUGAGUGAAAGCAGUCUUAAAUCAAGUUAGAUGGUGUUGGGGUACACAGACAUUACUGCUAUUCUUUUCAGCCAUAAAAAGCUCACUCUUUGCUCUAGCAUUUUAUUCGGUCACAGACAUUUGGCCACUGGCCAGUAGAAUCUUAAACGUGGUCAAAGUGACCCUGGAGUGUUUUGGAGAAUCCAUCUAUAGUGCGGGCGACUUCUUCACUGACUCUGUGUGUAUGGAAAGGCAGCAUCUUUCAUUAACUUCUAUGAUGAUAUCCAGUUUCUACUCGGAUAACUUGUCAAAACAACAACCAGCUAAAUAGCCAAGACUUGGUCAUUUAUCAGUUGCGAUAUUCAUAUAAAAUGUAUAAAGAUACUGUGAUGAAAGACACAACUUGAAGGCUGAGUGUGCCCAAGCAUUUUUGGGGCUCAUUUCCUGUAGGACGCAGUGAGAAGUUGGUCAAAAUUGAGAAAAUUGAAAAAAAUUUAAUUGUAUAUCGAAAAAACACCAAACGUUGUCUUUUUGAGGCUUUAUAGUGGUACAAAUAUUUUUUAGAUGGGCCACUUCUGGGAUGAAUUGUCAUUUUCCAAUUUUCUCGAACAAAUCUACUGGUCCUGCAGGGUAAAAUAUCCAGAAAUCAUGCCCGUACAAAACAUGACACAAGAGACUACGGUGCCAAAGAUGCCUGUUCAGAGGUGCCAAUACCUUCUGGGUACCUGGUGACAAUGAACAGUGCACAUCAACUUUUAAUUGGGAUAGUCAGGUAGUUAAAUAUAUGGGGAAUGUCUCGCAUCUUGGUUCAGUGCUAGUUUUUCUAUAUCAUGUGAAUAUUGAUUGUGAACUGACGUGCUGAAGUCUGUUUUAUUGCACAGUUGUACAUGUAUCUGUAUCCCUUGUUGAAUGAUGGUUGAUUACCCUUGAAGCUGAUGUUUGGACCUUGCUUGUUAAAUUGGCUGCACUUGAAGAGAACAACGUUUCCUUUUACAAUCAUGGACUUCCUGCAUUUGCCCGGUAAUCUUGUGAUGUGGAGCUUGGCCAAGGCCUCUCAGUGCCUUGUUGACUGUCCUGAUAUGUUGGUAGCCAAGGCUUGUUUACUGUCUGCUUCCACAUCGGUGUCAGUUUAUGAGAAAUGUUCUUGGACCUCCUGGUGAUACCAGAGUUGAUGAGGUUCAGGGUCUAUUGUCACAGAGCAGGAUUUGAAUUUGUUUCUUUGUAAUUUCCUCAGUGAUUCCCUGUUCAAUUAUCAAGAGAUAUUUAUCAUUAUAUUGAAAUGGUGCUGUCACGUUUUGAGAUGUUGGAGUAAAUCUGAUGACUGGACUGGUGAAAUACUGCUACUAAACCAAGAUGCUCGAUUUCAAACACGCCCACAAAUUUUUGCAGCCAGUCAUUGUGAGCUGCAGUUCUUACAGGCAAAUAUUUAGUACAUUUCACACAAAAUGCUCUGCUCAACAAUUUUUUAUUCGGGUAUGAUUUCAGGAUUUAUCUGAUGACUUUGUGACAUUGUUUGCAUAUAUACACUGUAAAUAGUGAGGAUAUAUUCUGUGACGAUUGGCCAAUAACAUUCAAUCAAUCAUUUCAGAAAUUUUUCUUUGAAUUGUGUAAAUAAAUCUCUACGGUUGAAAUAUUCAAUGUCUCGGCUCUGAUUGCUCGAUUCAGAUGUGUACUAUGAAAUUAUUUGGUGCCUUGGAAAAUUUCUGAUAUUGAUUCAUAUGAUUUUAUGAUACACGUGUAAAUGGAAUGUUUAAAUCAAGAUACAUACUUAACAUUGCACUGUUUGGACUAUUGGCCUUGGAUGUUAAAGGCACAGCUGUCUUGCAUAACUAUUUAACUUGACUCAAUCGCAGGGCCUGCUGCAAUUACGCUUUCUGCCUGCCUGGAUUGGCAACUCCUUGUCUUCAUAAGGAUCUUGUCGAGACAAAUGCAAAUAAAGGUGUGCAGAUGUAAAGGAUCAAAAUCUUCAGAAACUACUGGAUACGGGUGUCUUAAGCAACACAGUUAGCGUUGUGAUUGGGUCACCAAUGCAAAACAUUGUUAACAAUCAAGAAACAAACCUUCACAUUAUGUAUAAAUGCAAACAAUCAAAUAAAACCUGAAUAGAUUCAUGCAAA